AUGCUAAGUCAGAAAAAGUUGCUAGAUAAACAAGUACUUCGAAAUAUUGUUAGAGGCAACGAAAACAUAUACGACUUACAGAUACUAAAUGAAGAAGAAGCUCUUAAACUCUUCUUGUUGCAUGCUUUCAAAAGGGAAAAUGUUGAAGAAAAGGAGAUAGAAUUUUCAAGAAAGUUUGUAGACUAUGCUAAAGGUCUUCCAAUUGCUUUUAAAGUCUUGGGUUCUGGUCUUUAUUUAAAGAGUAUGAAUGCAUGGCAAAGCUUGUUGAGUAAGCUGAAACAAGUAGAACCCAAUCAAGGAGUACAAAAGGUACUAAAAGUAAGUUUUGAUGGACUGGAAGAAAAAGAGAAGAGCGUGUUUCUUGAUAUAGCAUGUUUCUUUCGAGGUGAUGAGAAAUAUUUUGUGAAAGAUAUAUUGGAUGAUUGUGGUUCUUUUGAUGCUGAUGUUGGAGUUCUUGUUGACAAGUGUUUGAUAACUAUAUUUAAAAGUAAAAGCAUAUUUGGUGGUAAUAAGGAAAUUCUUCAAAUGCAUGAUUUGUUACAAGAAAUGGGCCAGUCCAUUGCUCGUGGGUCAGAUCGUAAUCAUUUGCAAAAUCAUAGUAGAUUAUGGAUGUCUAAAGAUAUUUGUCACGUCUUGAAGAAUAAUAUGAAUCUGAAUUGUCUCCCAAAUCUCUCUAAAGCGAAUCUUCAAAAUCUGUUCCUUAAUGGUUGUACAAGUUUAGUUGACCUUCCCCCGUUAAGGUUUCACAACAUUCCUGAUAAUGCAGAGAAACAAUCUAAAGUCAUGCACCGAGAAUAUAAAUAUAAUCAUUCAAUGCACAAAUAUAUUGUAGAGAAAGAUUCUUACAAUGAAGACAAGAAUAUAUUCACAAAUUUAUUGCACUAUAAGUGGAGAAAAGAGGACUAUAGUUGCUUGCUUGAUCUCAAAGGGUGCUCCAAACUCAGAAGUCUUUCAGAGAUGUCUGGUAAUAUAAAAUUCAUAUGUUUGCGUUCAACUGCAAUAAAAGAAUUGCACUCCUCAAUUGGCUAUCUCAAAAAUCUUCUUGUGCUUGAUCUCGGUCAUUGUGAAUGGAUCAAGAAUCUUCCAACUAGUAUUCGUAAUUUGGAGUCAUUGGAAUACCUAGAUAUGAUUGGAUGUAAAUCCAUUAAAAAGUUUCCUGAGCUUCCAAGAAAUAUAAAAGUAUUACAUUUGAGUGGAACAUCAAUACAACGAGUGGAUAUACCAUCAUUUGAGUGUCUACCUUGUCUCCAUAUUUUAAACAUGAAUAGUUGUAAAGAGCUUGAAAGCCUCCCAACUAGCAUAUGUAAGUUGAAGUCUCUUGUGACACUAGAUCUUGGAUUCUGCUCACAAUUGAAAAGUUUUCCAGAAAUCUUGGAGCCUAUGGAGAAGCUAGAGAAGCUUAAUUUAGAAGAAACAAGGAUUGAAGAGACGCCAUCAACAAUAGAGAAUCUUGUUGUGCUUGAUGAGUUAAACUUGAACUACUGCAAAAAUCUCAAGUGUCUUCCAACCACCAUUUGCAAGCUGAAGUCUCUUACAAAAUUAUAUAUUCUUCAUUGCUCACAAUUCAAAAGCUUUCCAGAAAUAUUGGAGCCUAUGGAGAAGCUAAAGAAGCUUAAUUUAGAUGGAACAGGGAUUGAAGAGAUGCCAUCAACAAUAGAGAAUCUUGUUGUGCUUGAUGAGUUAAACUUGCGCUACUGCAAAAAUCUCAAGUGUAUUCCAACCACCAUUUGCAAGCUAAAGUCUCUUACAAAAUUAUAUAUUAAUGGUUGCUCACAAUUCAAAAGUUUUCCAGAAAUCUUGGAGCCUAUGGAGAAGCUAAAGAAACUUCAUUUAAGUGAAAGUGGGAUUGAAGAGAUGCCGUCAACAAUAGAGAAUCUUGUUGUGCUUGAUGAGCUACACUUGUUGAGGUGCAAAAAUCUCAAGUGUAUUCCAACCACCAUUUGCAAGCUGAAGUCUCUUAAAAAAUUACAUAUUCUUGGUUGCUCACAAUUCAAAAGCUUUCCAGAAAUAUUGGAGCCUAUGGAUAAGCUAAAGAAGCUUAAUUUAGAUGGAACAGGGAUUGAAGAGAUGCCAUCAACAAUAGAGAAUCUUGUUGUGCUUGAUCAGCUAAGCUUGUGUGAUUGCAAAAAUCUCAAGUGUAUUCCAACCACCCUUUGCAAGCUGAAGUCUCUUACAAGAUUAUAUAUUAAUGGUUGCUCACAAUUGAAAAGCUUUCCAGAAAUAUUGGAGCCUAUGGAGAAUCUAGAGAAGCUUUAUUUAGAUGGAACAAGGAUUGAAGUGCUACCACCAUCAAUUGAACGUCUAGUUACUCUUAAACAUUUAAGAUUAACUAGAUGUAAAGAUCUCAAGUCUAUUCCAACCAACAUCUACAAUAUGAGAAACAUUUCUAAAAUCUAUAUUAAUGACUCAGAACUCAAAAAUUUGUCAUAUUGUGGUUUUUCCUCAUUAAUACUAUCAGGUCCCAGUGAAGCCAUUGCUAGUCAAUUACGUGCAGAAGUUCAAAAUUCCAAGUGCAGAAGUUCUUGCCCUAUCACAAGUAUAAAUGUUUUAUUCAGAUUACAUUCUGAUGGACUCAAAUGUGGCGCCGACAUUCCAUUCGCUUGUUGUGAGUGCUUUCUAUUUUACUCAGUGCAUAAUAUUUUGGCGAGCCAGUAUUUUGAGUAUAAUAUUUACCAGUGUCGCGAAAUUUCCAAAAUUUUGGGUGAUAAGUAUUUAAUAAGUCGGGUUCAAGCAAGUUUUUGCUAUUCAGGAAAUGCAAUUCCUCGAUGGUUUACUUAUCAAUCUGUGGGUUCAUCAAUAGAAGUAAACUUGGUUCCCUCUUCGGAUAAUUAUUUCAGCUUCUUAGGCUUUGCUAUAUGCAUUGUCGUUGAUUUUGAUCCGUGCACUUCAAAUCCUGAUGUGGUGGACUUAAAUUGUGAAUACCAUUUCAGAAGCAAUGAUGGUCAAAGUUCCAAAUUCUGUUCAAUUCCACCGACACAAAAAGCUACUCAUGAUUCUGAUGGAGAUUCUAAUGUAGACAACAAUGACAUUUUAGACUGUUCAUCGGGCACUGUGUUCAUAUCGUAUCUUUACCGAAAAGGUAUUUGGAGAUUUUUAUCUAAAGUUGACAAGGCUUUCUUUGAAUUUUACUUUGGGGAAUCAAAGGAUAGCAUCGGCAAAGGGAGAAUAAAACAAUGUGGAGUUCGCUUGGUAUAUCGCCAAGAUGCAAAGGAGUUUGAUAGAGCAGAACCAUACAUUUAA